AUGUGCCUCCUUGCGGGCGCCCCCACUGCCCCGCGGAGGGAGUCUGGUGAGGGCGUCGCCUCGCCCCUGCGCCCGCGCCCACCGGGUAGUCCCUCGGAGACGGAGGCAGAUCCCCGCACAAGCUUCUACCCGCCCCUGGUUGCGGCCUGGGGCCCGAGGCCCGGCCCCCUGCCCGGGGGGGGGGGCAGGGGGCUCCUGGGUCGGGGUGGCGGGACGCCACCUUGCGUGCUCACCGCCCUGUCCCCGUGCAGCGAGCAUGACCUGGGGGAGGACAUCUACGACUGCGUCCCCUGCGAGGAUGACGGGGACGACAUCUACGAGGACAUCAUCAAGGUGGAGGUGCAGCAGCCCAUGAAAAUGGGCAUGACCGAGGAUGACAAGCGCAGCUGCUGCUUGCUGGAGAUCCAGGAGACGGAGGCCAAGUACUACCGGACCCUGGAGGACAUCGAGAAGAACUACAUGGGCCCCCUGCGGCUCGUGCUGAGCCCGGCGGACAUGGCGGCCGUCUUCAUCAACCUGGAGGACCUCAUCAAAGUCCACCACAGCUUCCUGAGGGCCAUCGACGUGUCCAUGAUGGCGGGGGGCGGCACCCUGGCCAAGGUCUUCCUGGAGUUCAAGGAGAGGCUGCUGAUCUACGGGGAGUACUGCAGCCGCAUGGAGCACGCCCAGAGCACGCUGAACCAGCUCCUCGCCGGCCGGGAGGACUUCCGGCAGAAAGUGGAGGAGUGCACGCUGAAGGUGCAGGACGGCAAGUUCAAGCUGCAGGACCUGCUGGUGGUGCCCAUGCAGCGCGUGCUGAAGUACCACCUGCUGCUCAAGGAACUCCUGAGUCAUUCUGCUGACCGGCCGGAGAGGCAGCAGCUCAAAGAAGCACUGGAGGCCAUGCAGGACUUGGCCAUGUAUAUCAAUGAAGUGAAACGGGACAAAGAGACCUUGAAGAAAAUCAGCGAGUUCCAGAGUUCCAUCGAAAACCUGCAAGUGAAACUUGAGGAAUUUGGGAGGCCAAAGAUUGACGGGGAGCUGAAAGUCCGGUCCAUAGUCAACCACACCAAACAAGACAGGUACCUGUUCCUGUUUGACAAGGUGGUCAUCGUCUGCAAGAGGAAGGGCUACAGCUAUGAGCUGAAGGAGGUCAUCGAGCUGCUCUUCCACAAGGUGACCGACGACCCCAUGCACAACAAGGACAUCAAGAAGUGGUCCUACGGCUUCUACCUGAUCCACCUGCAAGGCAAGCAGGGCUUCCAGUUCUUCUGCAAGACGGAGGACAUGAAGAGGAGGUGGAUGGAGCAGUUUGAGAUGGCCAUGUCAAACAUCAAGCCCGACAAGGCCAAUGCCAACCACCACAGCUUCCAGAUGUACACCUUUGACAAGACCACCAACUGCAAGGCCUGCAAGAUGUUCCUCAGGGGCACCUUCUACCAGGGCUACCUGUGCACCAGGUGUGGCGUCGGGGCUCACAAGGAGUGCUUGGAGGCGAUGCCCCCCUGCAAGAUCAGUUCCUCUGCAGACCUGGAAGCUUCCGGAGCAGGACCGGGUCCCAAGAUGGUGGCGGUGCAGAAUUACCACGGCAACCCCGCCCCGCCCGGGAAGCCGGUGCUGACCUUCCAGACGGGGGAUGUCAUCGAGCUGCAGCGGGGCGACCCCGAGUCACAGUGGUGGGAGGGCCGGCUGCUGCAGACCAGGAAGUCCGGGUACUUUCCAAGCUCCUCAGUGAAGCCGUGUCCCGUGGAUGGGCGGCCACCCAUCAGCCGGCCACCAUCCCGGGAGAUCGACUACACUGCGUACCCCUGGUUUGCGGGCAACAUGGAGAGACAGCAGACGGACAAUCUGCUCAAGUCCCACGCCAGCGGGACCUACCUCAUCAGGGAGCGGCCCGCGGAGGCCGAGCGCUUCGCCAUAAGUAUCAAGUUCAAUGACGAGGUGAAGCACAUCAAGGUGGUGGAGAAAGACAACUGGAUCCACAUCACAGAAGCCAAGAAGUUCGAGAGCCUCCUGGAGCUGGUGGAGUACUACCAGUGCCACUCGCUCAAGGAGAGCUUCAAACAGCUGGACACCACGCUCAAGUUCCCCUACAAGUCCCGGGAGCGCGCCGCCUCCAGGGCCUCCAGCCGGUCGCCAGCUUCCUGUGCUUCCUACAACUUUUCUUUUCUCAGUCCUCAGGGCCUCAGCUUUGCUCCCCAGGGCCCCUCCGCUCCCUUCUGGUCAGUGUUCACGCCACGGGUCAUCGGCACCGCCGUGGCCAGGUACAACUUCGCGGCCCGGGACAUGAGGGAGCUCUCGCUGCGGGAAGGGGACGUGGUGAAGAUCUACAGCCGCAUCGGCGGGGACCAGGGCUGGUGGAAGGGCGAGACAAACGGACGGAUCGGCUGGUUUCCUUCGACGUACGUGGAGGAGGAGGGCGUCCAGUGACGGCGGGGUCGACGACAGGACGUGCGGAAGUUCCUGGGAGAGUUUCCCCGGCUCUGAAGUCUCCCGCCGGCUCUUCCGCAGCUCCCGAAGGAAACGCUCACCUGCCUUCUGCUGUCGCCAGCCCAGUGGGACGGGGAGGGUGCGUGACCGUCGCCCGGCCGUGGUGGCCUGUCCCUCCACGCGGUGGGGACCCUCCUUGUACAUAGAGGAAAUCUGCACUGGUCCCAGCCCGAGGACAGGGCCCCGCCAGCCCCGCCAGCCGCUGUGGGUGACAGCCACGGUUUGUCCCUCGGGCUGAGAUGGUGCUCAGGAGCCUAGGACUAAACAGCUGGCGUCCCGGGGGGGGGGGGCUGGGGACGGGGGGGGGCGCACCCCAUCCGCUCAGGCACUGCACUCGCCGCCUGUCUUCUCUGCUGCUCUUGAGGGAUCCGGGCCUUGGGAGGCAGAUGGGGCCGGAGGCAGGCCGCCUGCGGCCGCCCCGGGGU